AUAAUGAUUUCUUACUUUAAACGUAAGAGGAUACUGUGUCUGUCCGCCUCAUUUUCAAAUUCUCCGACUGACCGAGUCAGUAAUGGACGCAACGAUCGAGAAAUUCAGCAAAACCGCCGCCGCUUUCUGCAACCACCUACAGACGAGCUGCGACGCCCUCACCCAGUCUGUCAGUCGCCGCCCCAUCCCUCUAGACUCUGCAUCGACGACGUUCGUCCAAUGCCUGAGCUGGAGAGUGUCGUCGGCCAGCAGAAAUCUUAACUUGUUGGAAUCUAUGUCCUUGGGAACGGUGUCGUUUGAAGAGCUGCUUGGCCACUGCAAUGAAGUCUACAAGGAGAACCAAAAUCAACUACUGUCUCUCCAGGACCAUCUCCCCUCCCUGGGUUACACCUCCUCUUUUGAUAUUGACGAUGAAGAAGAAGAAGAGGAAAACGAAGGACUAUUAGAUGGCUUCAGCAGUAUUCGCUUCACAAAGAAAAUUGAAGACGACCCUUUACUAGACGAUACACUGAGCUUACAAAAUCUUGGAUUUUCAGAUGCAUGUGUAGCUGCUCUUGCACCUGGAGAUGAUAUGGACCAUGCAUCGAUUACAUUUGAAGACCCUACUUCCUUGAUAAGUGUGUCACUAGAUGAUUAUGAGAUCCUUCCUAAGCAUAUGAAGAGUUUAUCAUCAUGGGAGGACCUGGUUGUCGCUGUUGAGAAGAUGAAUGCAUGUCUUAGAAGAAAAAACACUAAACCAAGUGUCAUUCAAAUGGAUGAAGUUGAAUCUUUAGGAUUGGGGCCUAAAGCCAGAUCUUACCUGCUGCUACUCAUUAAAAUGAAUAGGCUGGUUGUUGAAACUGCUAGAGGUUCGGUUUCAUAUAGAAUUUUGUAGCCAUUAUGUAAUCUAAACGUAAUGGAUUAGUUAUUUUUCUUAUAUGUCCUUCAUACCUAUCCUAAAUCUAGUGCAACUGGAAUCGAUUAGGCCUUUGGAGACUCCAUGGUAUUUUUUCCUUCUGUACUAAUAGGUAUAUGUGUUUAUUGAAGCCGAAGCACUUGAAUUUAUAUAAAUAUUGGUGGAUUUAAAAAAAAGUAAAUAUUAGUGGAUUUUUUGUAUAAAUAUCUGAAACUUCUUGGUAG